GCUGCUUUAAUAUCUUUCAGAUACCUGGAUUUGAACUGCAUUUUGAAAUCCAUCUGCACUUAAAAUGCCACCAGCAGUUGGGGGUCCGGUCGGGUAUACCCCCCCAGAUGGAGGCUGGGGGUGGGCAGUGGUCAUUGGAGCUUUCAUCUCCAUCGGUUUCUCCUACGCGUUUCCCAAGUCCAUCACUGUCUUCUUCAAAGAGAUCGAAGGUAUAUUCCAUGCCACCACCAGUGAAGUCUCUUGGAUAUCUUCCAUCAUGCUGGCCGUCAUGUAUGCCGGAGGUCCUAUCAGCAGUAUCCUGGUGAAUAAAUAUGGUAGUCGUCUGGUCAUGAUUGUUGGUGGCUGCUUGUCAGGCUGUGGCUUGGUUUUAGCUUCUUUCUGUAACACUGUGCAAGAACUUUACUUGUGUAUCGGAGUCAUUGGAGGUCUUGGGCUUGCCUUUAACUUGAACCCAGCUCUGACCAUGAUUGGCAAGUAUUUCUAUAAGAGGCGACCGCUGGCAAAUGGCCUGGCCAUGGCAGGCAGCCCUGUGUUCCUCUCUACUCUGGCCCCCCUCAAUCAGGCUUUCUUUUAUAUCUUUGGCUGGAGAGGAAGCUUCCUCAUUCUGGGGGGCUUGCUACUAAACUGCUGUGUGGCUGGAUCCCUGAUGCGACCGAUAGGGCCCACGCCCACCAAGCUAGGGAAAAACAGGUCUAAAGAAUUGCUUCAGGAAGCUGGAAAAUCUGAUGCGCAAAAAGGUCCAAGUGAUGCAAAUACAGAUCUCAUUGGAGGACGCCCCAAAGAAGAGAAACAGUCAGUCUUCCAAACAAUCAAUAAAUUCCUGGACUUGUCCCUGUUUGCCCACAGAGGCUUUUUGUUGUACCUCUCUGGAAAUGUGAUCAUGUUUUUUGGACUCUUCUCACCUUUGGUCUUUCUUAGUAAUUAUGGCAAGAGCCACCAUUAUUCUAGCGAGAAAUCUGCCUUCCUUCUCUCCAUUCUGGCUUUUGUUGACAUGGUAGCCAGACCUUCUAUGGGACUCGCAGCCAACACCAAGUGGAUAAGACCUCGAGUUCAGUAUUUCUUUGCCGCUUCGAUUGUUGCAAAUGGAGUGUGUCAUAUGCUAGCUCCUUUUUCCACUGGCACCUAUGUUGGGUUCUGUGUCUAUGCGGGAGUCUUUGGAUUUGCCUUUGGGUGGCUCAGCUCCAUAUUAUUUGAAACACUCAUGGACCUCGUCGGACCCCAGAGGUUCUCCAGCGCUGUGGGAUUGGUGACCAUUGUGGAAUGCUGUCCUGUCCUCCUGGGGCCACCGCUUCUAGGUCGGCUCAAUGACAUAUAUGGAGAUUACAAAUAUACAUACUGGGCAUGUGGCAUCGUCCUAAUUGUUUCGGGUAUCUAUCUCUUCAUUGGCAUGGGCAUCAAUUACCGACUUUUGGCCAAAGAACAGAAAGAAGAAGAGAAGAAGAGAAAGGAAGCUAAAGAGGAGGAGACCAGUAUAGAUGCUGCUGAGAAGCCAAAGGAAGUGACAGCAGAAUCUCCGACCCAGAAAGACACAGAAGGAGGCCCCAAAGAGGAGGAGAGUCCAGUCUGAACCCACGGGCUGAAGGGUAACUGGAGCAAUUUCUGACCCAAGAUCUCUGAAAAUAUUCUACUGGCCUGUAAUCUACCAGUGGUGCUCAAUGCAGAUAGUGGACAUUUGUGUGGAAAUACACCAGGUGUUCUUCGAUGGAAUUUUUGUUUCACUCCUUAACCAAUAGCCUGAAUUUAAAAUGCCAUAUGCUUUGGGGAGGGAGUGGUUGGUGGCAAAGGAUGAGGGAAGGCAGUAGGUUUUGUUUUGUUUUGAUCGUAGCUUUUAACCGUGUCAUGGAGAUUAUAAUAUGUGCCUUAAGUUUUAGUCUUUAGAACUCUUUAGAGAGCCUUAACUUUUUAAACCAUUCUGCUGAAUUCAUCUAUUUUGAGUGUUGCAUUACAAGGAAAAAUAACUAACCUGUUGGAGGCAAAUCUAAAAGUUAAAAUUAAUCUUGCUUCACGUUAUAUGUAAUAUAUUGUCAAACAUUGUCACUGGAAGAUUUAUGAAUAGAAAUACUGGUUGAAAGUUGGAGAUUUUAUAAAUUGCUGACUAAAAUAUUUUCCUAGCAAUAGUAGUUUUCUGGCGUAUGUUCCUGCUAGCUUUAUAUUUAGGAAAUGUAAAGCAUAAAACUCUGGAAACAUCCUGGCUGUUCCAGCCACAUUGUGCUUGUCAACAUCUCUCAGGUACCUUUUCUUGGGAUGCUCAUUGGAAGCCAAGUAAGUGCUUGAGAAUUUUUUUCAUUAAAUCACUACUUUUGCUCCCCAGCUCAAAGACACAUUUUGAGUAGCUAUAGAUCAUUGCCCCUUUUGAAAUCACAUGGUAUUAUUUUUCUCACUGUAAAAGGUAGUAUUAAAUGAUAUAAAACUAUAUAUUUGUGCCUCCUUAGUAAAUAUAACACAUCUCAUUAAAUGCAGACAGAUAUUUCAAACAUCAGCUGAGUUCAGUUUAUGUUUUUACAGAACCUCAGUUAAACUGUGAGAGACUAUUGGAAUCUUUUUUUCCUGGAAUUUUCCCCUUUUGAUUCACAGUGGUCUACUUUAGAGCUGUGUGUGACAUAUUCAGUCUGUGUGUGUUUGGAGGUUUUCUUUUCUUUUUUUUUCCCCCGAUGUUUGCAAAUUAAAGGGGGCCAGAAAAAUUUGGCACCAGGCAAAGAAAGAAAGAUAAGAUUGGGAGGGAAGACUGCUAAGUGUGCUUAGUUUUAAUAAGUAAUUCCUUUUCUUUUUUCUGAGAAGGCCUUAAGAAAAUUGUUAUGCUUAGAAUUAUUGGACACAUUCUCACUCUCCACACUAACCUAAAAAUUUUUGUGACCCUUUUCACUUACCUGAAAAGAGAGAAAUGGGUUCAGUAUCAGGAUAGGAGGGAGAGCGGACCAGAAUGAAAACUGUAAAUAUUUUUUAAGCUAGUAUCUUUUAAAUGGAGGCAGAAAGAUAUAGAUAUUCAAUGAAUUAUAUUCAGUACAUGUAAAAUACCACUGUAAUUGACAGAAUGAAAGUAUAGAUACAAAACCUUGUGUAAGAGGCUGACUUUUCUAAAUAAACAUUUUUU